AUGUCGUCACCACGGACAUCCGCCGUGUUGUGUGCGCAGUUGUUCUCUGAGUUCGUCGACGAGUUAAACGGGGAGUUGCAUGCGAAGAACGAGAAGGCGGUGGUGUUGGUGCACAACCCUUCGCACACCCUCACCGGGUGUGUGAAACGGACAAGCACAGUGGAGGGGUUUGUCGUGGAGGAGCUGACACGGGUGAAGGUUGUGCAGACAUUUGGCGUGAUGCCGGCUGCUGCGUUUUCUGCGAUAAAUGGUGUUGUGGACACAUUGAAGGCAGUUUUUCGGACGUGGUUUCGGCGAACGGCAGUCACGAGCACGGAGUGGACCCGAGUUGGUGGCGGGCCGGUAGCGUGCCGAAGGGCUGGCUGUUCGCGGAUGGACAACUUGAAAGGGAAAGCUGCGGCAGGGAUGUUUGACGGUCUGGUACUGCAGUUGACGAGGCUGCAGCUGGUGAUUGAAGAGUUCAUAUGCAAGUGCAGCAGCACGGCGUUUAUGACGGCGUGGGAUUUCGUGGGGUGUGACGAAGGCCUGAUUGAGAAGUGGGCGCCAGCGAGGGGUUUCGAGGACGAGUCCGAGGAUGAGAUUCCGACAUAUUUUUGCAUUCCGGAGGGGCCGCUAAUGCGCGACAGCCGUAGCUGUCGUCGCGUGAGCCGCAUGGUCCAUGAUUGUUUCGUGAAGCAGGCGGAGGCAUUGGGUAUUCCACCGCGCGACGUGCCAGAGGAGGCCGGAGUGGUGAAUGAGGAGGUGGUGAGCCGCCUUCAACGCACGCCCACUAAGCGCAACCGGAUGGGCCGCUAUAGUGAUGAGGGGAUCACGUCUCACGCGUCGGAUGAGGCAGGCCAAUCCCGGAAGGCAGGGGUGCUGUUCCCAGUGGAGGAUGACAAAGAGAGCGUCGUACGCUUGGUCUAG